ACAGAUCAGCUGAUUGAGAAUUUUUUUUCUCUCUCUCCAUUUCUUACUCUUUUUUUUUGUUCUCACCAAUGAGUCUAGUUGUUCACUCAAUAUAAAAGGUGUGUUUGUUUAUUAGAAUUGUGAUUAUGUGAUUAUUUGUAUUCUCUGGAAACAAUUAAAAGAUUAUAUGCGAUUUUUGACCUUUCAAGGAUAAACAUUUCAAUUUCUAUUCUAAUUUGAUUUUGGAACAACAAACACAUACAUACAUACCUCAAACUCAAAUCAACCAAUAAUUUGGAUGCAAUAUGGAAGUAGAUACAAAUUUAGAAGAUUAUUCUGAGCUAAUUGUCGAUGCUCUGGUUAAAGGAUGUAUGGAUGAACAAGAAACUGUCAGUAAUCAUGUUUGCAAUAUAAUUGUUCAAUAUGGAAGUAAACACUGUUCCUUAGUUCUUGCAACUUGCCUUAAUUACCUGCAAAAAGAUGAUGGAAGAGAGGUACGAGUUAUAAGCAAGAUCAAAUUGAUGAGCAGUAUCGAAAGGGUUUGCAUUGAGUUUCUAAAUAAAAUUGAUCCCAAUACUCGAGACUCAUUGACUAAAUUUUGUAUCACCGUUAUCAACAAAGAUUUAGAGGAAUUAACUGAUUAUGAAAGAUACGCCAGUGGAGUAAUUGUUUGUUUGAGUAAAAAUCAGACAACCGAUAUAAUGGAUAAGCUUCUUGCCCAAUUUGAGCCUCAUUCAUCACCUCCAAUUGGAAUAUGUAAAUGUCUUGGUUCCAUGGCCACAGCUAAUCCAUUUGGAAUGAUGGGUUAUAUUAAGGCUCUCCUUGGAUCUAUGGUUUCCAUGAUAACAGUUAUUCGUAAAGAUGUUGUUCGAAUUUUCUUUUCCGAUUGUGUUGGCCAAUUUGCUGAAUCUAUCAAGGAAUAUUUGUCCAACAUUGAUCGAGCUCCAGAUCCAGCGGUUAACAAGUCUUACUUUACGGCGGAAAUUGAUGCACUUUUUGAAGCUUUCUAUCAUGAAUGGCUUAAUUCUCGUAACAAUCGAGUUAAAGAAUCUGUUAUCAAAGCAAUUGGAAAUAUGAUCUCACUAUUAAGUGAUAAAACAUUUAACGAGGGUGUACCACGUUUCAUUAAUUCACUUCUUCCUAUGUACCGUCGGCCAACGGUUUCACUUCCAUUGUCAACCAAUGAUUUUGAGAUUGUCUAUUCUUCCCAAAGUUUACAUCAAGCUCUUGAGUGUAUCAUUGAGAGAGGAUCACCCAAUUUAACUCGACCUCAAAUGGAAACAAUUGUCAAUAUCCUGUUCACCCAAACAUGUGCCUUACCCGAUUAUCAACAGCCCAAUUCAAUUCGUAAUCACAAUGAGAUUCUCCGGUCAUUUGCAACCCUUAAUUCAAAAUACAGUGAAUACCUGAUUCCAUGGUUACUUGCUAAACUUGAAUCCAGCUCAGAAUUGGCGAAAAUUGGUUCCCUUACCAUUUUAAAGCAUUUAAUUAAUGCCUCUAGUCAAUUUAUUGUUCCCCGUUUAUCAGCAAUAUUUAAAUCACUUCGUCGUAUUUUAGAUGAAGAAAAUAAUCGAGUUCGUCGAGCAAUAACUCAAGUAAUUGUUACAAUCGCUCACCAUGGUUAUCUUGAUUUGGAGGGUGGACAAGCUCUGAUUAAAUAUAUUAUCACUCAAUGUGCUCUAGAAGAGGAAAGUGAAGAGGAUUUGGCUAUUCGAAGGUCAUCAACUGAUGUUGAUACGGUAACAAAUAAAGAUUUACGUACAAUGUCUGACAACGUGAUGAAUUUACUUGUUACCACCGUAGAUGAUAUUGAACGAGUUCUCUGGCCUCAUCUCUUUGAGUAUCUUGUACAACCCGAAUACACGGAAGCAUUACCCACCCUGUGUAAAUCAUUGAAUCUAAUGGGUGAGAAGAUUAAACGUCAAGAUUCAACAGGUCGAUUACUUCAAUCAUAUUUCGAGAGGAUCUCACAUUCACCCAAACGAGAGGCUCUACUUGCCCGUCUAUCAGUAAUCAUUGGAGAUGUACCUGAGCCUCAUGUCAAAGAUUCAUUACAUGUUUUAAAACUUAUUGGACCUCAUAUUCAUCAGAAUUUCUCCUCUAUGAUGCCAGCUCUUGAUCAAUUGAUUGCUGAGAUAAAUGAACUUGAAGAAUCACGACAAGAAACUUGGAGAAAUAAUUGUUGCAAUUUUACCACCGCUCUUUUAACCAAAAUUGGAAACAUGGAAUUUCUUGGAGCAUAUAUUUCAUCGUUAAUCGCUCAGAUUCAUCUCUAUUAUCAGAAACCUUUGUUGAAAAACUUUUAUCUUAUCAACAUGGGAAAUGCAAUUCGAAUGUUGAAAAAUAAAGAAGUGGCCAACAAUGCAUUGGACAUUACCUUUGACACCAUUGACCACAGUUCACCUCUCGAAAGGGAAGGUAUCGCUUAUAUGGCUGGUAAAUGUGCCGCCAAUCAUUUGGAUAUGGUCCUGGUCAGUUUGGAAAAGUAUGCUGAGCCUCGUCGAUCGACAAGUUUACUUCAUUCAAUCAUGGAUUCAAUGAGAAAUGGAACUGACCCUGAAUUGGAACGAUUAAGAUCAACUAUUGUUCUCAGUUAUGCUUAUGUUGUUAAAUACGCGGAAAGUGAACUUUUAUUGACGCGACUGGAAACACCGAUCCUACGAACCAUCAGCACUUUCUAUUCACAAUCAAAAGAAUGGCUUGUUCAAGCGGCUUACAUUACGGCGGUCAAUGUAAUCGCUCACUCAGUACUUCCCGAAAAUUUGAAACAAAUGUACAUCUUUCGUAAACGUGAUGAUUUACUUGAUGAAAUGUUGACCAUUUUUCGUGCACCAUCAACACCAACCCAUCAUUGUCAAUUAGCCUUGUUGAGCAUUUCCAGUCUUGUUAAACAUGAACCUGUCCUUUCAGAUCGAGAGAAACAAACGGUCAUCGAUGUUGUCGGUAGAGCGGUUUAUUGUCGAGUUGGUUAUGAAGAGCUGCUUAAAGCCUUUAAACGUUUAUUGGAAGAUUUCAUUAUUCGAGAGAGAUCAUCUCUCGAUAUAUUGAUCUUUAUUGUUACCCAAUUAAAGACUUGGAUGAAUUCUCAGUCUAAUGAUGGUAAUAGAAACGAUGCUAUCGAUACUGUUCAUCAUGUGAUUGAAUUUUAUCACGAGAAUCUCGAUUCAUGGAUGACCUUCCUAGUUGCUGGUUCACAUCGUUUCGAGUCUUUUGGAUCUCUUGUCGGUUUAAUUAUUGCACGAAUUUUCGAUCCAGUUCCAAAUAUUCGUCUGAAAGCUUUCAUGUGUCUUCGGACAAUCUUUAAAAUUGCCGAAAAAGUGUCCAAUCGUCCAAUCUCCCCAGAACCAUGCCUUGAACUGUUGGGCCGUUUUAUCAAUCACCGUGAAGAUAAUGUUCCCGAGUUCACAUCUGAAUCAAUCAAAACACUAACAAGUUAUUUGGCCCAACAAUUGAAACUUCGAGAUUUAACACCAUUACCUUUAUUCAAAUUUCUUUUGGACGGAAUGACGGAAUCACUAUCCGUAUGCUCGUAUGGAUGUUCAUCUACACUCUUAUCAUUGGUUGACCUUUACGGGAAUGAUAUCAAACUCAAUUUACCAGAUUUUAUUAGUUAUAUCGUCCAACGGAUGCCUUAUGUUACUCAUACACACACCAAACGAGGUCUUGAGUGUAUUAUCACUUCAAUUGGAUCUCAUCAAUUAAACGCUCUUCUCAAUUAUCUUCUUGAUUGUUCCCUUAUCUGGUCAAAAGAUCAUAUUCAAUUAUGGCUAAUCUUGGUCUCUGAUCCAACUUUGUGUCCAGUUAUUAUUGAAAAAUUGUUAGAGGUUCUCAAUGAAUCUCAACAAGUUUUACCUCACCCACGAAAGCAAAAUGUUAUGGUUGCUUCGGCUAAAACUUUGGCCGCUGUCGGUGCUUUACAAGAAAUUUAUGGCUCUACCGUUUCAUCGCCGAUCCUUAUUUCCCAUUUUGUCAAGGUUUUCACUUCAGUUUUUGGUACCGUUGCAAAUUUCCUUAAAGCAGAAUACAUUCCAGCCAGUGAAGUCGAUCCAAUCGCCUCAUCAUCAAAUCCUUUGGCUCCAGCACCUCCACCAGCACCGGUAGCACCAUCAUCAAGGAAAAAUUCCUCAUCAAAGAAAGAGAAAGAUCGUUCAAAUGUAUUCCCAAUCAGUAUCGCCGUCCUUACCCUAAAAAAUGUCCUCUACAAAUGUGAACGAGACAAAGUACUUAAUGAGAAAAUAUUCUUCCUCAUGGAACAAGAAGCUGAAUUCCCCGAGGCGGUUACACUCCUAGCCAAGGAAAUGUGUAUCAAAUAUCCUGCUGAUAUUUCAAGUCUAGUUAAAGAUUUGACUCCCUUCUUACAAGAUACUUCACCUCAACGUCGACUCAUUCCAAUUGCAUUUUUCUGUGAGAUUUUAUCAAUCGAUAAUUAUGACCAGCAAACACUGGCCGAACCUCUUCUUCAAACUCUUCUUAACAUGCUCACCGAUUCAUCCAAUGCUAUCAGGAAACUUUGCAUUCGAGGAUUAGGUCGACAUAGUUGCCUUUCUCCAGAAUUGAAUGCCAAAUUAUCAAGUCCUGUUAUUUCAGCUUUGUUACUCGGCUUAGAGGAUAAGGAUGAUAAAAAUGAUGAUGUACUUCUUGAAUCAAUCAAAGGAUUGACCAACAAUCUCGUAUAUCUGGAAAAAUCUCAACUUGAAAAUCUAUGUGUACCAAUUGCUAUUAGAUUAAAAUCACUCUUUGAUAAGGAAAGUAAAAACAUCCGAUCAUCAGCAAUCCAUUGCUAUGGUAAAUUGUGUGAAAAGGGCGGCCUUCUCCUUCAAGAUGUAUCAACUGAAUCUUUGAUUCCAUUAGUUGUUUACUAUAAUUCAAAUGUUCCCGUUGUAACUGAGGCUGCGAGAUAUGCAUUAGCUAAUUACGAUUCAACGGCCUCUGUUCAAGAUCCUUUGGGUAAAUUUUUCGCAAAGGUUGUUUCAGAAAAACACUUUGUUGAGCCAACCGAAUUCACUCCAAGCUUAAUCAAGUUCAUCGUAAGUGAAUCCAAAGGACUGAUUAACGAUUGGAUUACAGCUUUACAGCUAUACUUGAGGAGUAAUCAGGAUAAUAUCCAAGCAGCUUCGAUUUACAUUCUUGGUCAUUUUUUCGCCUUUUCUGAUGAGACAAUGAUCGCGAAGAGAUUAAAAGUAAAAUAAUUGGACAUUUGAUUCGUUUAUUACGAGAAUCAAGAAGUAAUCCCGUUAAAAUGAGAUCAGCUGAAGCUUUAGCUAAAGCUUAAGGGAGGAAGCCAAAAACAAAAAAGUCCAGACACACAAUUGAAAUCAACGUUUUUUUAUCACGAUAACAACGAAACCAAACAAUUACCAAAAGCAGGAAACUAUUGAUUAAAUAAAUUUAGUGUUAAAGUGAGUGCUUUACGAAAAAAAUUGCCAUCGAAUCAACAACGAAAAGCUGAUAGUUACAAUUAACCGUAGGCAUUAUUAAAUUGUGCAAUCAAAUAAGUCAAGUCAAAAUUGGAUCAAUAUUAUAUCAAGUCAAUUAUUGCGAUACCAGUCAUAUCAAGUCAAAUUAAUGCUAAUUAAUUAAAUGCUGUUGUCCAAUGCAACAAAAUUUUAAAGUUUUCAAUUAACCAUUCCCAACUAAUUGUGGCUUCCAUCCUUAUAACCAAAUCAAAAGCAAAAUGUAUUAUAUUUAUCAUCAUCCUCAUCAAUAUUAUGUUAAUUAUUGUGUGUAUUAUCAUUUCCGUUACAAUCAGAAUAUCAAUUUGAGAGUGAUCAACUUUUUUUAAUCCUAAUCACACAUCAUUGUAAAAAGAUAAAAACAAUUUACUAACAAUUGAAAAAAAAUCAAUAGAGAUUUAAAAGAAAUAGUUUUUUUUCUUAAUAAUAAAGUCCAAUUAAUAACAAUAA